CUCAAAAACUCCACCACACACAGUCAACACACACUGUCCUUCUCUCUCUCUCUCUCACUCGCUCUCUCUGUGUCUCGCUUCUUCAGGGACCAAGAUAGCAAAAUAGCGAUGGCGAAUUCUUCCAAGAGAAGCGUCCUCAUACUAUGUGGCGAUUACAUGGAAGAUUACGAGGUGAUGGUUCCGUUUCAAGCAUUGCAAGCAUACGGAGUGUCGGUUGAUGCAGUUUGCCCCGGUAAGAAAUCCGGAGACAUCUGCCGCACUGCUAUUCAUCAGGCCUCUCCUCAUCAGACAUAUUCUGAGUCAAGGGGUCACAACUUCACUCUUAAUGCAACAUUUGAUGAGAUUGAAGUGAGCAAAUAUGAUGGGUUGGUACUUCCCGGAGGACGGGCUCCGGAAUAUCUUGCCAUGAAUGAUUCUGUUUUAGACUUAGUGAAAAAGUUUUCCAACUUCGGAAAGCCAAUUGCAUCUAUUUGCCAUGGGCAACUGAUCUUGGCAGCUGCAGGGUCAGUUAAAGGUCGGAAGUGCACGGCAUAUCCUUCUGUGAAACCUGUACUCAUUGCUGCAGGAGCUCAUUGGGUGGAACCAGAGACCUUUUUGGCUUGCAAUGUUGAUGGUAAUAUCAUAACCGGGGUUACUUAUGAUGGGCAUCCUGAAUACAUCCAGCUUUUUGUGAAGGCACUAGGAGGCACCAUAACUGGUUCUGAUAAACGGAUUCUAUUUCUUUGCGGGGAUUACAUGGAAGACUAUGAGGUAAUGGUUCCUUUUCAGUCCCUUCAAGCGCUUGGAUGCCAUGUUGAUGCUGUUUGCCCCAAGAAGGCAGCGGGUGAUAAAUGCCCAACAGCAGUCCAUGAUUUUGAAGGUGACCAAACUUACAGUGAAAAACCAGGUCAUAACUUUACGCUAACAGCUAGUUUUGAAGGUUUAAAUGCUUCAAGCUAUGAUGCUCUUGUGAUCCCGGGAGGCAGAGCUCCAGAAUACCUAGCAUUGGAUGAGUCAGUUAUUAAAUUGGUGAAGGAAUUCAUGGAGGUUGGAAAGCCAGUAGCAUCAAUCUGCCAUGGACAGCAGAUUUUGUCUGCUGCUGGUGCUCUCAAGGGCAAGAAAUGUACUGCAUACCCUGCAGUGAAACUCAACGUGGUCUUAGGUGGGGCAACAUGGUUAGAACCUGAUCCAAUAAGUCGCUGCUUUACUGAUGGGAAUCUGGUAACUGGAGCAGCAUGGCCAGGUCACCCUGAGUUCAUUUCUCAGCUAAUGGCGUUGCUUGGUGUUCGGGUAUUGUUCUAACUGUUUAUCAUGUUUCCAGUUUGUGUAUGUACAUUGUCUGCAGAAAAAUACAGGAAGACAUGUUUAUAUGGCUUUCUGUGAGUACCAGUGACAAACAAAUGACAUUCUAUGUGGUGUUGUAAUGCAUGGUGCUUUUCAUUUUGGUUUCUGCUUUCAACUACAAAUGUUUUUGCGGGUUGUGUUUC